AUGUUACAAUCACUAAAAUUUCUUUCGUCAUUCUAUUCUGCUCGAUUUCUCAGACGAAGUUACACGAAAUUAGUGCAUGAUAUCUAUUGUCAAGCACCUUCAAGCGAAAUUCUUGGAAAACAAUUUCCAUUACGUUUUUUUAAUGAUAAAAUUAAAUUAAUUAUUUCACCGAAUAUUGAAAAAUUUAUUCCUUACAUAUGGUUAAGAGAUCAAUGUUCAUGCAUCAAAUGUUACAAUAUUCAAACUGAUCAAUGUACGGAUAAUCUCAGUUGGAAUAUCAACAAAGAUUUAAGACCAGAAUCUAUCAACAUAUUUUUGACAAAUAAUUUUCCAAUUUCAUUUCAAUUAUCGCUACCAGCACACGAUGAAAAUAUGACUUCUAACCACGAUCAUAAUACUGAUGAGUUAACCGGUUAUGUAUCAAUAAAAUGGCCUGAUGAUCAUGAAUCGAUCUAUUCAUUUGAAUAUUUAAAAUAUUUAACAAUUUCUGCAUCAGUAAACUGGCCGUAUCAUUCUUCUUCAUUUAGUUCACCAGUCAUUUUACAUGAAAACGAAUGGCUAACGUUAGAUAAUUCAAAAAUGAAAUUAAUUUAUCAAAAAUUCAGUAAUUCUGGUUAUCUAAUCGUUGUUGCAUCGACUAAAUAUAAUUCUAUUAAAAAUAUUCUAUCACGUUUUACAACUGAACAUGAAUUGGGAUCAAAUUAUUUUCCCAAUUUACAUCAAAAUCAACAUUGGCAUACAGAUGCACCGUUUUUAUAUUCAAAUCCAUAUGUUAUUGCCAUUCGAACAUUUAAUAAUGAACAACAAUUAUCAAUUAUUGACGGUUAUUUAAUACUAAAAUCUCAUUCAACAUAUAUAAAACAAUUAAUUGAACAACCAUUCGUAUUUCAAGCCAAUAUUUCAAAUGAAUUAUAUCAUGUAGAAAUUCCUAUUGUAACUUAUAUUGAUGGAAAACCUGUUAUUCGAUAUAAUCUUUCAUAUAUGAACAAUAAUAUUAGUAACAAUACAUUAAUUAGUUCGUGGCAAACCACUCUAUUAAAUACUCGUCAUCGUCAUAUAUUAACAAUACCUCCAAAUUCAAUUUUGUUUCUUGAUAACUAUCGUUAUUUAAAACAAUUUCAACAAUUAAAUAAUGAACUUCAGGUUUGUGCAUAUUAUUCAUACGAUGAAUAUCAAAAAUAUUUGCAUCCAUAUACACUUAACAAAAACAGUUUUCGAUUAUAA